CUUCCACUGCAAAACCCUAAAUCCUGUCCUGUUAUCCCGAGGUUCAACUUCUUUCCCUCUCUCGCGAAGAAAUAAUCGCUUCCGCGGGAUCGAAAUUCUGUUAAUUGCCAUUGUAGCCGCGCGAACAAGGAGAUGGUGGCAAGAUUUGUGAUUGGAAGAGCUUCAAACGCUCUAAACCAAUUCCUACAUCCUUCUCGUGUACUUUCCCAUUGUCUCACCGGAAAUAUAUUUACUGUUGGGAAGCAAUCCUCCUCCUAUAACAAACUAAGUCCCCCCAAUUCGAGGUCAAUGGUCGCCAGUUCCACUCCUAGACUUGACCUAGCCGAGGCUGUCUCCUCCGCUCUCGAUGUUGAUGCUAGGGUUCCUGCCACUGUGAUCACUGGCUUUCUCGGCUCCGGGAAGACAACUCUGUUAAACCAAAUUCUAACUGCCCAGCAUGGAAAGAGGAUUGCUGUAAUUGAGAAUGAGUUUGGAGAGGUUGAUAUUGAUAGUACACUCGUUGCUGAUCAUGCUUCUGUGGCUGAGGACAUUAUCAUGGUUAAUAAUGGUUGUCUUUGCUGCACUGUGAGAGGCGAUCUGGUGAAAAUGCUUCUGAAAUUGGUUAAGGAAAAAAGAGACAAGUUUGACCAUAUUGUUAUAGAAACGACAGGCCUUGCUAAACCUUCUCCUGUGAUUGAGACUUUCUGCUCAGAUGAAUUGGUUGCAAGUCAUAUAAAGCUUGAUGGUGUAGUCACUUUAGUUGACUGUAAGCAUGCGAUGCGUCAUUUGAAUGAAGUGAAACCAAGAUGGGUUGUGAAUGAGGCAAUAGAGCAAGUUGCUUAUGCUGACCGUAUAAUAUUAAACAAGAUAGACCUAGUAAGUGAAGCUGAAUUGGAAACCCUGGCUAAGAGAAUCAGGAGUAUAAAUGGGAUAGCACAUAUACAACAUGCUAAAUAUGGAGCUGUUGACGUCAACUUCGUCUUAGGUGUGGGUGGAUAUGAUCUUGACAGGAUCGAGUCAGAGAUUCAUGUUCAUUCAGACCAGCAUUCUACACAUCAUCAUGAACAUGGUCAUGAUCAUCAUGAUCAUGUGCAUGAUUCAGCUGUCUCUAGUGUCAGCAUCGUUUCUGAAGGAACCGUCGACCUUGACGAGUUCAAUGAUUGGGUUGAGAGAUUGGUUGAUGAAAAGGGCGAUGACCUCUACAGGAUGAAAGGUGUUAUAUCCGUCAAGGAAUCUACAGGACGCUAUGUUUUCCAGGGAGUGCACUCAAUCAUUGAUGGUUGCCCGGCAAAGCCAUGGGGAUCUGGUGAGAUGCGGAUCAACAAACUUGUAUUUAUUGGAAGAAAUCUUGAUGAAAGUGCUUUGAAGAAGGGCUUUUAAGGGUUGCUUGCUUUGA